AUGCCCGGCCAGCAGAUGCUGAUGGAGCCGAUCACCGGACAGUUCCCAGCCCAAACUGUGGCUCCCAUGGGCACAAUGCAGCCUGCUCCGGGUCCCGGUCUCGUCUACCCCAUGCCAGAGGCCGUCCCAGCAAACCAGCCUCCCCCAGGCUACAUGUAUGCUGCCCCGCCAGGGACCACCAUGGAGGCAGCUCCCACAACCGAGGCUCCCAUGCCAGGCCCCGGUUUCAUGUAUGCUGUCCCCGCCGCUGACCCUGCUACCGGCCCAGAGUCUGGUUACACCUUUGCCGCACCCAUGGAGGGUGCACCGGGCGCAUCCGAGGGCGCACCCGUCUUCGCCGCACCGGCCCAAGCCCAAGUUGGCGAGCCACUGCCCGGGCAGACGAUCAUGGGCCAAACGUACCAGGUGAAGAUCCCCAUUGAAAGCGUCAGGGACCCCACCGGCGCCGUUGCGACGCAGUUCCCGGCGUCCUUCCAGCAGGUCCAGGUGGAUGGCGAGGCCCAGUAUGUUGCCGGCAAGUCCGAGCAAGUCGAUGGGCCCCCUCAG